UGUCGUAAAGUGGGAUGUUUUGAAGCGGGGAGGUCAUUGGAAAGUGAGCUUGUUCGGUUCGCUUUGGGGGGGACAAACUGCUGCUUCACAGGUGUCAGAUAUUCUGAUACCAGAGUAGCUUUACUUGUAUCUAGUGUAGUGUUUCGGAGGUAAUCACGGUUAAAAAUGUUGCGUUUAGUGCUGCGAGUGAGACCUAUUGCCAGGCUCACCCGGCCCGGUGUCCUCUCGGGCCCCGCUGCCAGUCCUCGAUCUGGACCGGGUUCAUGCCAUCAUCUCAAACGAUACCACUGCAACGGCCCGUCCCGGUUCCGAAGCUUGUGUCACGGGCGAUGCGUGUGCAACAGCAUCCUCAGUAACAGAUCAUGGGGCUUGCAAAGCCAAACGGCCAGUUUCAGUCAAAGCAUGCGAGUGUACAGUCUGCCGCCCCAUCAGAAGGUGGAGCUACCUGCUUUGUCCCCUACAAUGCAGGUGGGCACCAUUGCACGCUGGGAAAAGAAGGAAGGUGACAAAAUCAAUGAGGGAGAUCUGAUUGCUGAGGUUGAAACAGACAAGGCUACAGUUGGAUUUGAAAUCCUGGAGGAGUGCUACCUAGCCAAGAUCUUGGUUGCCGAGGGUACAAGUGAUGUGCCCAUUGGAGCUGUCAUCUGUAUUACUGUUGACAACCCUGACCUCAUCCCUGCAUUUAAGGACUACACAUUGGAUAAAAUCGCUAGCUCAGCACCUGCAGCUGCAGCUGCCCCUCCCACUCCAGCUGCACCUGCUGCACCCCCUGCACCCCCACAAGUACCUGGCAGCUCCUACCCUCCUCAUAUGAAGGUUCUUCUCCCGGCUCUCUCCCCCACCAUGACGAUGGGCACCGUGCAGCGCUGGGAGAAGAAGGUGGGUGAGAAGCUGAGUGAGGGAGACCUGCUGGCUGAAAUCGAGACGGAUAAGGCAACAAUUGGUUUUGAGGUACAGGAGGAGGGCUACCUGGCCAAGAUCAUGAUUACCGAAGGCACCAGAGAUGUUCCUCUUGGCACUCCUCUCUGCAUUAUUGUGGAAAAGGAAUCUGACAUUAGCGCGUUUGCUGACUAUGUAGAGAUGGGGGUGGCCACAAGCCCACCACCUGCCCCCACAUCGGUGUCUACCCCUUCACCAGCAGCAGCACCAGCAGCUCCCACCCAAGCACCUACUCCAGCUGCUUCCAGGAAGGGCAGACUGUUUUCCAGCCCUCUAGCCAAGAAACUUGCUGCUGAGAAGGGCAUUGACAUUUCCCAAGUCACAGGAUCUGGACCAGAUGGCAGAGUCACAAGGAAAGACAUUGACAGUUUCGUUCCACCCAAACCCACUCCUGUACCAGCUGCUGCUCCUGCCCCUGCUGCCCCCAUACCCAGUGCUCCAGCCAGCCCAGCUGUUGCUGCCAUACCCACAGGAACCUUCACCGACAUCCCCAUCAGCAAUAUCCGCAGGGUGAUCGCCCAGAGGUUGAUGCAGUCAAAACAGACUAUUCCCCACUAUUACUUGUCUGUGGAUGUCAGCAUGGACCAAGUUCUUGAACUCAGGAAAGAACUUAAUGCUGAAGUGAAAGCAGAUAACAUCAAACUGUCGGUCAAUGAUUUCCUUAUCAAGGCCUCAGCUCUAGCCUGUUUAAAGGUGCCAGAGGCCAACUCCUCCUGGAUGGACACCAUCAUCAGACAAAAUCAUGUGGUGGAUGUUAGUGUUGCAGUCAGUACACCUGUGGGUCUGAUCACGCCAAUUGUAUUUAAUGCCCACAUUAAGGGCCUAGCAUCUAUCAGCAAAGAUGUGGCCGCGUUAGCUGCUAAAGCACGAGAGGGCAAACUUCAACCACAUGAAUUCCAGGGUGGCACCUUCACUAUUUCCAAUCUGGGCAUGUAUGGCAUCAAGAAUUUCUCAGCUAUCAUUAACCCUCCUCAAGCUUGCAUUUUGGCUGUGGGAGGUUCAGAAAAGAAACUGCUUCCUGCAGACAACGAAAGAGGGUUUGAUGUGGCUAGCAUGAUGUCGGUGACUCUCAGCUGUGAUCAUCGGGUCGUAGACGGUGCUGUCGGUGCACAGUGGCUGGCUGAGUUCCGCAAAUUCCUGGAGAAACCAGUCACUAUGCUUCUGUGAGCAGGGUGCUUACACGGCCACAGGCCCAACAACAGUGGACUUUAAGAUUUGGAGAGGUCUCUCAUAGGUUAUAUCCUCUCAUUGGGAAUUGUAACGGGUUCUUCUCUCUUUUAUUUUCUCUGUAACUGACAUACACCCUUCCAUAUGUUGUAUUUUCACAACAUUGUUUCCUAAAGCCUAAUAUUACCUCUCAACCCAAAGUUGCAAGUCAUUGGUUAGGUCACUUUGUGGAGUUUUAGAUGAUAUUGCUGGACGAGUGUUUCCAUUUUCCUUCAGGACAUUGUUACAAGCACCACAAAUCUGUGUAUGCCAUUAGAUCAAGGGACUCAUGGUCUGUACCUGCAAGCGUUGACUUGUUGCUAUGUAUACAUAUAUUUAAUGACACAUGCUUUGGCAUGAAAUUAGGAUGGUCUGUAUAUAAACGAAAAACAUUGUGGUAUCUUGAUGAAAUCUGGAGCUGUGUGUGCCAAAAUGAAAUGAUUACAGUUGGAAUUUAUUUUUGUCACAUUCUUCAGUGCAUAUGUUUAUUUUCUGUAUUUUUCGAUUGCACUUUUGAAAGUCACAUGUGUCAUUCCCUGGGUUAUAUACUAUACAGUAUAUACAGGAUGGUUUCUCCUCUGAGCCUUUGUGAUGAUGGUCCUACAAUGGGUCUUAAAAUAGGAGCAGAUUAUGAUACAGUAUAGGCAAUUUUAUUUAUUACAUCUCUCACUCCAGAGAAAGCACGAUAGUGCCUUUGCACUGUUUAUAUCAAAUAGUUAUUUUGUUUUUAAACAGUGGCAAUAUUUUCAAGACAUUAUGUUAUGAAUAACACAAAUCAUGGGGUGACCUGUUAUUAUUGAUAAACUUAUGGAGAAACAAAAGUAAAUAUCCCAAAAAAAAUCAAAACUCUAGACUGAAUAUACAUAUUUAUAUCUUAAGAGAGAAGAACCUAGAAGUCAGUUGGUUGUAACACACAGUCAGUGUCUGUGUGCGGUUGAGUGUGAAACUUUAAUGCAAGUCCGUUUUUAGUUUUUUUUUCCAUAAGAAAAAAAAAAACAACCAACAUUGACAUUAUUUAAUUUGUUCAGAAUGAGGAAAUAAACAAAAAUGGAAACUCAAA